UCUAACCCUAGAAUAGAAGGGCCUUCCUUCUUGAUAGCUAGAAAAAGCAUUGGAUUUAGAUGCAUGAGAUGGCGAGAUUCUUACCCUGGUUUACUAUCUGUUAAACUGCAAUGAUUAAAUAUAGCCUAUUUUCCUGAUUCAUUGUGGGAAGGUGUCAAGUUUCGAGUUUACUUCUGACAGUUCUGUGUUACAUCAUCUGUUAAAGGGACAUAUAUUGAAGGCAUUUCUUUUCAGCUAUUCAAAAUACUUAUCUAGGACCCAUUAGCUGCAAAGAAAAGUACCUCUUACAACUGUCGGAGCAAUAUAAAGAAAUGAAUGUGACAUCAAAAGGCUGUUCGACUGAGAUUCACAUCCAAGUUGGACAGUUUGUGUUGGUUGAAAGGGAUGAUGAUGAAAAUCCAAAUGUUGCUAAAUUGAUUGAGCUGUUUGAAGAUGAUUCUGAACCUCAUUUCAAGAAACGUGCUCGAGUGCAGUGGUUUAUUCGAUUCUGUGAAAUCCCUGUUCAUAAACAGCAUUUGUUGGGUCGGAGGCCUGAUGCACAGGAGAUAUUCUGGUAUGAUUACCCUGCCUGUGACAGCAACAUCAAUGCCGAGACCAUCACUGGCCCUGUGAGAGUGGUAGCUUUAGCUCCAGAUGAAGUAUUACCUACGGAUCUGAAAAAUGAGAAGACACUCUUUGUGAAACUAUCUUGGAAUGAGAAGAACUUCAAACCACUAUCCCCAGAGCUAUUUGCAGAGUUGGAUAAGCUACAAGAAGGCAGUCCUAGAUGCCAGAAGCCCAUGGAAGCCAAGAGUAACAGCAUAGAAAGCCCUUCUUGGACCACAGCAAAGCAUGUGGUCAAAAGGAUUGAAUUGAGGCACUCCACCUCCAAAUCUCACCAAAUUCCUACCCAUCCUGUUACCCCAAGGGCAAGGAAGAGGCUAGAACUUAGCAGUUUCCCAAUGACACCUAACAGUGGGAUUUCCCAUCAGACUUCAUGCACAUCUUUGGAUUCUCCCAGAAGAACUAAACGGAAAGUAGCCUCUGAGAUCACCUCACCUUGUAAGAGAUCUCAGCCUGAUGGACUUCAGACCUCAUUUGCAGCUCUGAAAGCCCCAAAGAAAACUGGGGAGAUUCUAUGCUCUUGUGUUGAGCAGGACAAGAAGGCUUCACCUGAAUGUCACAUGAUCCUGAGAACCCGGGUCCCAGCUUUGAAAACCACAGAGAUUAGUGAGAAAAUAACACUGGACCCUGUCAGAGGGGGAAAGAAAUCCUUGGUGGUGCCUUCUGUGAUUCUGAAACCAGUAAAGAUAAAAAAGAGGGAGGCACAGAAAACAGAAGCACAGGAAGAAGCUACCUCUGUUCCCCAUCGUAUCCUCAGAAAGAGUUCUCGCUUGACUUUGAAUCGAAUUAGGCAGCAGCUUCGGUUUUUAGGUAACAGUAAAGGUGACGAAGAAGAAGAAGAAUUUCUGCCGGCAGCAGAGAUUUCAGACUCUAACAGUGCGAAGGAAGAAGUUUCUACACAACCCCUUCCAAGGAGAACACGCAGUUAUGUAUCCAGGAACCUACGCUCUUCCGUGAAGUCAUCCUUACACACCCCCUCCAAAACACCAAAGAAAACUCCCAAGCCUAGAAUGCCACCUUGUGCCACUCCCCAGAUCCGCAGCAGAAACCUGGCUGCUCAGGGCCCGGCCAAUGUGCUAGAGGAAGCCCGGCUAAGUCUGCAUGUUUCUGCUGUACCCGACUCUCUUCCCUGUCGGGAAAAGGAAUUCCAGGAUAUCUACAACUUUGUGGAAAGCAAACUCCUUGAUCAUACUGGAGGGUGCAUGUAUAUCUCCGGGGUACCUGGGACUGGGAAGACUGCCACUGUGCACGAGGUAAUACACUGCUUGCAGCAGGCGGCCAAAGCAAAUGAAGUUCCUCCCUUUCAAUUCAUUGAAGUCAAUGGCAUGAAGCUGACAGAGCCUCACCAAGUCUAUGUGCAAAUCUUGCAGAAGAUGACAGGCCAAAAGGCAACCGCUAACCAUGCUGUAGAACUGCUGGCGAAGCAGUUUUGCACCCAAGGGUCCGCUCAGGAAACCACCGUGCUGCUUGUGGAUGAGCUCGACCUUCUGUGGACUCAGAAACAAGACAUAAUGUACAAUCUCUUUGACUGGCCCACUCACAAGGAGGCACGGCUUGUGGUCCUGACCAUUGCCAAUACCAUGGACCUGCCAGAGCGCAUCAUGAUGAACCGGGUGUCAAGCCGGCUGGGUCUCACCAGGAUGUCUUUCCAGCCCUAUACUUAUAGGCAGCUACAGCAGAUUGUAGUGUCCCGACUCAAAGAUUUAAAGGCCUUUGAGGAUGAUGCCAUUCAGUUGGUAGCCAGAAAGGUAGCAGCCCUCUCUGGAGAUGCACGACGCUGCCUGGACAUCUGUAGGCGUGCCACCGAGAUCUGUGAAUUCUCCUGCCAGAAGCCUGGCUCCCCUGGCCUGGUCACUGUAGCCCACUUACUGCAAGCAGUAGAUGAGAUGUUUUCAUCAUCAUACAUCACUGCUAUCAAAAAUUCCUCUAUUAUGGAACAGAGCUUCCUGAGAGCGAUCCUUGCAGAGUUCCGUCGAUCAGGACUGGAGGAAGCAACAUUUCAACAGGUAUACAGGCAACACGUGGAACUGUGCAGGAUGGAGGGACUCCCAUACCCCACCAUGUCAGAGACCAUGGCAGUGUGCUCUCACCUGGGCUCCUGCCGCCUGCUCCUUGUGGAGCCCAGCAGGAAUGACAUGCUCCUUCGUGUGCGACUCAACAUUAGCCAGGGUGAUGUGCUGUAUGCCCUGAAAGAAGAGUGAAGAACUUACCAAGGGGGGACUGUGAGCUGCUGUUUUUAAAGAGUCCAAUUUCUUUUU